AUGGAACGUGUUGAUGAACGUGUUGUUAUGGAACGUGUUGAUGAACGUGUUGAUGAACGUGUUGAUGAACGUGUUGAUGAACGUGUUGAUGAACGUGUUGAUGAACGUGUUGAUGAAUGUGUUCAUGAACGUGUUGAUGAACGUGUUGUUGAACGUGUUGAUGAACGUGUUGAUGAACGUGUUGAUGAACGUGUUGAUGAACGUGUAGAUGAACGUGUUGAUGAACGUGUUGAUGAACGUGUUGAUGAACGUGUUGAUGAACGUGUUGAUGAACGUGUUGAUGAACGUGUUGAUGAACGUGUUGAUGAACGUGUAGAUGAACCUGUUGAUGAACAAUUUAUCCUCUUGCAGAAUUGGUUAUGGGGAGAGGAAUCGACGUCGGAAGGCAGUCCUACAGCUCAUCUCUCUUCAGAACCCUCAAGUGAAACGUUUGUUUAUAACUCUCAGGAUAAGUCUCAACAGCUUGAUAAUGAUACAGAAGAUAAUUACGACUAUGAAGGUGUUGAGCAAAGUGAUAGUGAAAUAGAAAGUGAGCUUUCCACAGGAAGCCCAUCAAGUGAUGAUAGCCUAGACAGUCAGCCCUAUGACAAAGUUGGCAAUGCCAGCCAUAGUGGCAAAAAAUAUAGCUUUAACUACACCUUUACCUACGGGAAUGAAGGCAAUGACAGCGGGCUCAGCUCUGACAGUGAAAGCAGUGACGUCAGCAAAAGAUUUAGUGAUAGAGACAGGGCAGAUGGCCGUAUCACUUACACUUAUAACAGGAGAUAUAAUGCAGAAGAUCUCGAUAACAGUGACAGACCCGGCACCUAUAAUGGCACUACUUAUACCUUCAGAAAUCGCUAUGGCAGUGAUGGUGGCCAAGGGGAUAUACAGGACGGGUAUUAUGGUGAGGGAAGCGGAGGAGGCCAUAUUAGCAGUAGCGGGGGGAGUUUUGAACAGAAUGGCCAGUUUGGGGACCACACUUAUGGGAGUGGAUAUGGAGACAGUUCUGGAGGUGGCAGUUCUGACGUAAGAUACAGAGUUAAUAGUGGAAGAAGACAGUUCGGGGUUGGUGGAAGAGUGAGGUAUGGAGAAGGUGGAGCAGGACAAUAUGGAGGAGGUGGAGCAAGACAAUAUGGAGGAGGUGGUGCAGGGCAGUAUGGAGGAGGUGGAGCAGGGCAGUAUGGAGGAGAUGGAAGAGAGGAGUAUGGAGGAGGUGAAUAUGGUAAUGAAGAGGACAGUCGUGGUGGAGGAGGAUAUGGAACACAUAGUGCUGGGAGUGGUUAUGGAGCCAGCUAUGGAAGUGCUGGUGGGAGACUUGGAAGUGACAGUGAAAGAGAGGGGCGUGUAGAUGUUGAUGACCGAUACGGAACCCGUCCUGGAGAAGAGCAUGAUAGAAGUGGUACUGGUGAAGAGUAUGGAGGUGGGGCUGGUGACAGAGAAGGUUAUGGAGGAGGUAUAGCUGGCAGAAGAGAAUAUGUAGUUGGUGGUACCAGAGAAGGAUACACAGGAGGUGAAGAAACUCGUGAAAGUGGCAUUGAAGGUGAAUAUAGCGGUGGAACUGCUGGUAGAGGAUAUGUCAGUGGAACCUCUGGUGGAGGGUAUGUCAGCGGAACCUCUAGUGGAGGGUAUGUCAGCGGAACCUCUGGUGGAGGGUAUGUCAGCGGAACCUCUGGUGGAGGGUAUGUCAGCGGAACCACUGGUGGAGGAUAUGGCAGCAGAACCACUGGUGGAGGGUAUGUCAGUGGAACAACUGGUAGUGGAUAUGACAGUGGAGCUACUGGUGGAGGAUAUGGCAGCAGAACUACUGGUGGAGGGUAUGUCAGCGGAACCACUGGUGGGGGGUAUGUCAGCGGAACCACUGGUGGAGGAUAUGGCAGUGGAACUGCUGAUGGAAGAUAUGGCAGUGGAUCUGCUGGUGGAGGAUAUGGCAGAGGCAGUGGAAGUGAUGAAGGAGGUGCCUAUGGUGCUGCAGGUGCUGAUAGGUCCUCGCAGCCACAAGUGCAGCCCCGGCCUUUUCCAAGGCGCCCGGAACAAGUCCCCGAGUUAGAAUGUGGUGGAGGAGACUGCAAUAACAAUGGUUGCAAAUGCAUAGGAGAGAAAGGCUCUAGAGGAUCUCCGGGGCUUCCUGGACCAACAGGAGAGAAGGGCCAGCAGGGUUUUCCCGGCAUGGAGGGGCUGAUGGGACCGAAGGGCAGCAAAGGAGAACACGGUCCUCAGGGGCCAACAGGGCCUAAGGGUGACCGAGGUAAAAUGGGUCUUAAUGGCUUCCCCGGUAUCAACGGAAUUCCAGGUAUCCCAGGCCCUCCAGGGCCCACAGGCAGACCAGGGCUGGACGGCUGCAAUGGUACAGAUGGCUCACCAGGCCUGCCAGGCAUACCCGGGCCACCCGGCCCUCGAGGAUUCCGUGGUCCUGAAGGCCAGAAAGGAUUAAAGGGAGAACCAGCCAUUGGACCGUGUACCACAGACAAAGGAGAGAAAGGAGAGCCGGGGCGUGAUGGCAGACAGGGGCCCCAGGGACCUGCGGGUGUGCCUGGCCCCAAAGGCGAGACGGGAUACCCAGGAGCAAGUGGAUUGAAGGGAGAAAAGGGGUAUCCUGGAAGCAAAGGAGACAAAGGUCCUAUGGGUUUGACUGUGUUAGGUGUGCCAGGAGAAAAGGGUGAAAAGGGAGCUAAGGGUGAUGCCAAUAAUUGUACAAUACAGGAUGUCUUACAACCAAAUUGUACCUCCUUCACUAUAGUGGAAAUGGGUGAGAAAGGUAACCAAGGACUACCAGGAUCUGAGGGGCAGAAGGGCAGCAAGGGUGACCGAGGUGCCCAGGGUUACCCAGGUCCUCGAGGGCCAUCAGGAGAGAAAGGUCUUCCAGGUUACCCAGGACCACCGGGACGAGAGGGUGUUGCUGGUCCUCCAGGACCGAAUGGAUAUAAGGGUGACCGAGGUCCUGAUGGAUUGGACGGCUUGCCUGGUUUGAAAGGAGAUAAAGGUGACAGUGGUUACGGUGGCCGGGAUGGUGCGAAGGGUGACCGUGGACCUCCAGGACCCUCUGUGGGCGGGGAGCCGGGACCUCAAGGGCCACCAGGUCUACGAGGCUUGCCAGGACCCAAGGGAAGGGAUGGCAUUGAUGGAAUUCCAGGACCACGGGGUCCUCAAGGUGCACCUGGGGGUCCAGGACAGCCUGGUAACACCGGAAGAGAAGGACUUCCAGGAAAGAAAGGAGAUAAGGGAGAUGCGGGGCUUCCAGGCCAAGAAGGACCCCAAGGACCACCGGGUCUGCCUGGUGAGCGUGGUUUAUCAGGACUUCCGGGCCCAAAGGGAAACAAAUGUUUCUCCAUUCCUGGAGAAAACGGACGUGAUGGAACACCUGGACGAGAUGGGAUUCCAGGUUCCCGUGGCCCAGUGGGUCCCGAAGGUCCUCGGGGUAUUCCUGGUGACAGUAUAAAUGGUAUCCCUGGAACUCCCGGAGAGCCAGGACUUGUUGGCCCACCUGGUAUACCGGGUAAUCCUGGCCUAGAUGGUAUUUCUGGCCGUGACGGGGCAAAGGGCGACAGAGGGCUGGACUGUGAAUGUGGUCAGUGUGAGAAAGGCGAGAAAGGCCAUCCUGGGCCUGAAGGAUUACCUGGGAUUCAAGGGCCUCGAGGACCGCCAGGGCCAAUUGGGUACCCAGGAGAGAGGGGCCAGGAUGGACAGUCAGGAGUUCCAGGUCUGCCUGGCAAGGAGGGCCUUCCAGGCACACCAGGGUUACCAGGAGGAAAAGGUGAUAAGGGUGAAGCAGCAUACGCCCUGCCAGGCCCUCCAGGUACAAAGGGUGAACCAGGCCGACUAGGUCUUCCAGGUAUUCCUGGAUUGAAAGGAGAGCCUGGUUUCCCAGGGAGACCUGGCUUACAGGGUCUACCAGGUUUCAAGGGAGAACCAGGACUAAGAGGCCUGGAUGGAAUAGACGGCACACCGGGUCCGAAAGGAGAGACAGGAGUUUGUAUAAAGGGUGAAGUUGGCGAGCCUGGACGAAAUGGUACAAAAGGUGAACGUGGAAAACCUGGUACAGAUGGUGAAUCCGCCACGGCAGAUCAGCUUUGCAAAGACGGAAAAGGUCCUCAAGGUUAUAAGGGUGAAGUGGGACCUGAAGGGCCACCUGGCGAUAAAGGAGAUGAGGGUCUUCUGGGCUUAACAGGACCACCUGGACCACAGGGCUACCCAGGACAACCUGGGCCACGUGGUUUGCCAGGCCCAAGGGGUGAAAAAGGAGACAGAGGUCCACAGGGUCUAACUGGUGAUAACGGUCAACCAGGACAGCCUGGUAUCCCAGGUUAUGCAGGACCUAAAGGUGACAAGGGUGCAGAUGGUCGACCAGGUGUUGGAAGGCCUGGGCAACCAGGCAUUCCCGGAGCAAAGGGUGAAUCUGGUUUACAUGGAUUGCCGGGGAAAACAGGCUUACCGGGUGCUCAAGGUCCUCCCGGAGUGCCUGGCAUUAAAGGCGAACAAGGUCUACCUGGGCAACACGGACUAGAUGGUUUAAAGGGUGACAAGGGAGACCUUGGCCUUCCUGGACGCAUUGGACUUCCUGGAAUCCGAGGGUUACCAGGGCUUGAUGGACAAAAGGGUGUUCCUGGCUUACCAGGUCCACAAGGCCCAGCCGGUGUUGUUGGUUUCCCAGGGCCCAAAGGAGAGAGGGGUACUCCUGGCUUAAAUGGAAUCAAAGGGGUACCUGGUAAUCCAGGACAACCAGGUUUGUUUGGACGACCUGGAGCCGAUGGCACUCCUGGUGCACCUGGACCAAAGGGGGAUAUGGGCAUUGCAGGUUUUCCAGGAAGCCCUGGCAUCAUUGGGAGACCAGGACAAACUGGAUCACCUGGGUUGAAGGGUAACAUAGGUUUUCCAGGUUCACCUGGGCUACCAGGCAUCCCAGGACGAGAAGGUCUGAGAGGUGAUAAAGGCGAACGGGGACCUAUGGGCCCGGAAGGUGUGCCAGGAACUUCUGCUGCUAAAGGAGACAAGGGUAGUCAAGGCCUGAAGGGUGAUGCAGGUGUGCCAGGACCUCCUGGACCCCGUGGAUUACAGGGUAUAGCAGGUCCAAAGGGACGUGAUGCGUAUGGUCUCCCGGGUCCCGCAGGUGACCGAGGACCUCCUGGACCUCCUGGUCUGGAUGGCUUGGAUGGACAGCCUGGUCCACCAGGAACUAGCGGUGUUCCUGGUUUCCCUGGAGCUAAGGGAGACAGAGGAUUUCCUGGACUGACUGGACCAGUUGGAGAGGGAUGUGUUCCUAUCCCAGGUCCUCAAGGGUUAAAAGGCGUUCUAGGCCUGAAGGGUGAACCGGGACUCGAUGGUCGUGAUGGUGAAAAGGGACUGAUGGGCCGUACAGGUUCACCCGGUCCGGAUGGAUUAACAGGACCUUCGGGUGACAAGGGCACUCCAGGACCUCCAGGCUUACCAGGUGCUGCUGGCCAGAAAGGCAGCAAGGGAGAACCUGGGCUACCUGGUGUUCAAGGAAUUGAAGGUAGACCAGGUUUGGAUGGUCGCACUGGACCUAAAGGUGACAAAGGAAAUGCUGGAUUACCAGGUGCAAAUGGAUUGCCAGGCAUAGAAGGACUUAAAGGAGAAAAGGGUAACCCUGGUCCUCAGGGUCCUCGUGGUGAAAUAGGCAUGACUAUGAAGGGUGAAAAGGGCUUGCCUGGUUUACCAGGUAAGCCUGGCCGUAAUGGUAUAAAUGGAGAAAAGGGUGAAAAGGGCGAAAUUGGAUUUGCUGGAUUACCUGGCCAGCGUGGGCCAGCUGGUGACCCAGGUCUCCCUGGUCUUAAUGGUGCUAAGGGUGAUCGAGGAUCACCAGGUCCUGCUGGAGUGCCUGGUCUAGAUGGCAGAACUGGAGUUCCUGGUCAGAAAGGCUUACCAGGACCUCCAGGAGAGAAAGGUUACCCAGGCAGGGUAGGACCCAUAGGACCACCUGGUCCAAAAGGAGACAAUGGUUUCCAAGGUCCUCCAGGAUUACCAUGCCCCCCAGGACCCAAAGGUGAGAGAGGCAUAAAUGGUUUGACUGGUCCUCCUGGAGAAAAGGGUAUCCGUGGUCCAAAGGGCUUUGAUGGCCUGCCAGGUGUAUCUGGUAGGCCAGGACCCCAAGGCCCUAAAGGCGACCCAGGAUUCCCUGGAAUAAAUGGUCGUCCUGGCCUCAAUGGUCUUAAGGGUCAACGUGGUUUGCCUGGACCACAGGGCCUAAGAGGACCAGAAGGACCUGAAGGUAGUCCAGGUAUGCCUGGUAUGCCUGGAGUCAAGGGUGACCGUGGCUUUGAUGGAUUACCAGGAAAUGUUGGACCUCCAGGAAUGAAGGGAGACCGUGGUUUCGAAGGAGCACCAGGACUUUCUGGGCCACCAGGAUUCCCUGGAAGCAAAGGAGAGGCAGGAAGCAGCUGUCAAGCUCAACAACAGUAUUAUUCCGGUACAUUGGUUGUGCGACAUUCCCAGACCACCAUUGCCCCACGCUGUGAAUUUGGUCAUAGCGUUCUUUGGGAAGGCUAUUCUCUAUUGUAUGUUGAAGGCAAUGAAAAGGCCCAUCAUCAAGAUUUAGGUUUGGCUGGUUCCUGUGUAAGAAGAUUCAGCACAAUGCCAUUCAUGUUCUGUGACUUCAACAAUGUAUGCAACUAUGCAUCUAGAAAUGACAAGUCAUAUUGGCUUUCAACAAAUGAUCCUAUUCCUAUGAUGCCUGUUGCCGACACUGCCAUUCGACCAUACAUAUCAAGAUGUGUGGUAUGCGAGGCUCCAGCAAAUGUGAUUGCUGUCCACAGCCAGUCAUUGAGUAUCCCGGAGUGUCCCAAUGGAUGGUCCGGCAUGUGGAUUGGCUACUCCUUUGUUAUGCACACAGCUGCCGGUGCAGAAGGCGGCGGCCAGUCCCUCAGCAGUCCAGGUUCGUGUCUCGAGGACUUCAGAGCUACGCCAUUCAUAGAGUGCAAUGGAGCAAGAGGAACUUGCCACUACUUUGCCAACAAAUUUAGUUUCUGGCUUGCCACAAUUGAGGAAAGAGAACAAUUUUCACGGCCUGUCUCAGAGACUCUCAAAGCUGGCAGUUUACUCACUCGGGUCUCAAGAUGCCAAGUUUGUAUUAAGAACUAAUUUAAGGGAAAGGGUGGAAACGUUUUUUUUUAUUAUUAAUAGUUGUUAAUUAUUAGAGCUAAAUCAAGAAACUGUCAAUCAGAAAUGACAGACUACUGUCAAAAUUUUCAAUCAGAUGCCAAUAAUUGAAUAAGCUUUUUGCUUAUUGGUUUUAUUUUAUAUUAUAUAAAUGCCAGUGUAAAUAGAUUAUAUGUCAUUGUCUAGUCUAUGUGGCUUCUUACCAUUAGCAUUUAUGAAGCUCAUCAUUACCAUGUAAUCACCAACAAGUAUGUAAAAGUGAAUUGGAAAAAUGACUACCUAUAAAUCAGCCAUUUAGUUAGUUGUAUAAAUGCAUUAUGUUACUAACUAACGUUCAGACUCUCAAACACAUUGUUUUCUGCUCAAAUAAUGAUGUUAAUUAAAUGUCUUCCUUAUGUCCACAAGGUGCUGCCUCUCUCUGUGAGAUUGUUGUAUUAUUGAGUUUUUGCAAGAGCUCAUUAGAAAAUUUGCCCUAUUUAAACAUUAUAUGUAUGAAAUUGUAUACUGUAUGCACAUUGCUGAGCUCCAACAUAUUUGGUAUUUCCCCAAAUGUAGACUGCUGUAAGUUAGACAAAAAAAAAGAAAAAAUAUAAAUUAAUAUUUAACCUUGUUAUAAAUUGUGGUGCUACAUGUUUAUAGCUUUAGUAUAGGCAUAUAUUAAGUUUUUAAUUACCGUACUCUACUUUUCUAAUUUAGCGUUUAUCGGGUUGACACUGCCAUACCAAGGGCCUCCUAAGAGGUUCUUGCUUUAAGUUUAGGUCAUAUUCCAAUUCCUUCUUUGAUAAACGAUAUUUUUUCAUUACUUCUGCGAUAAAUAUGGGAUUUUCUAUUGGAAAAGUCCAUAAUUAUGUCAGAACUAUUAUUAACUAAUAAAUAAAAUUAUAUAAAGAUAUGAUUUUUGUCUAAUUCUUUAUCACUGCCAUAUCUUAAACUUUUUCAAUAAAAUUUUACUUCCACUAUUGCUUUAA